ACAGAUUAUACAGGCCAAAUGCUUGGCGCCUGCUUGGCGCUUGGUUUUGCAGCCCAGAUUGCAGCUAGCUGCAGUCCAAACGGCAUAGUUUCUUGGCAUAGUCGUGUUAUUAAGUAUGGUGGUUGUCAAACCGCCAUAUUCAAGCCUGUAGACUGUAUUACAAUAUGGUGGCGUUUGAGCUGCGCAUUGGGGGCCGAUGCAUCCUCGGCCAACAGGUCCUGCCCGGUGUGGACCUCAAGUUCUUCACCGCGGGGUCUCUGAAAGCAUUGCUAGGGGUGAAACUGUGCAUUUCCUCUAGGGAUAUGAAGCUCCUGCUGGGGGGCUGGCGGCCGCUCUCAGACCAUGAGUGCAUUCAGGAUGUCUUCCCGCAUUAUUCUGAGCAAUUUGCAUGGGAAGGCGAGGACAACAUAGCAAGCCGAGCAGACUACUAUUCCUCUAACGUCCGUCUUGUGGAGCUCAUAUUUGAUGUGGACAUGAAGCGUGUAUUUCAUCAGCAGGCGCAAGGUGCGGCAGACUGCAUGGAGCUGAAAGAUGAGGAAGGGCUUGCUGAGUUAUGCGCGCUGGAUAAGCUGGAGCUACAUAUGAAGGUGAGCACUGCACCCCUCCCCUCGCGGUAUUCACCAUGGGCCGGGACAGGAGGGACAGUUGUGGUCCUUGUCAUGGGCCCCAAUGAUGCCAUCACGCGCCACAUCAGCCUGACCACGAUCAACAGAAGCACGACAGUCGAGGCCUUCAGGUCAUUGAUUUUCAAAGAGUCGGGGAUCCCCCCAGGCGAGCAGUUAGUGCAAUUGGCAAACGGCAGAAGAUUAAGGGACGGCGAAACCCAGAGCAAGUUCUGCUGGCAGGCCGGGAUUCAGUCCCUGUCCUUUCUGACUGUCAGGAGGGUCGUUGGGAAGGGGGAUGAAGCGGAGAUGGUUCUCUUCUGCAAGACAAUGCUGGGGAAGACAAUAGAGUUGAAACCUUGCAGGGGUAGUAUGACCAUUGAAGAGCUCAAGGAAAUGAUCCAGAAUGUGGAGGGGAUCCCCCCUGACCAGCAGCGGCUCAUCUUUGGUGGGAGGCAGUUGGACGAUGAGCGCACCCUGGCGGAUGUUGGCAUUCAGGACAAAGACACGCUCCACCUGGUGCUGCGGCUGCGGGGGGCCAUGCUGCACUGCUCGAGUGGCAAGAUCGAUUACGAGCAUCUGCGAGCGCCGACUCUCUGGCAGCUCGAGGUCAAGAUGGUGCAGCGAGGAGACUGCAUCGGCAAGCGAACUGUUCGAGUCGACGGAACCAUGGAUGCCCGUCGACUGAGCGAGGCCUUAGCCGUUCUUUACGAAGGAGAAAACGAGAGAAAAUUGCGAGAGUGGGCGGCAAAGAAACGGAAGCUCUUUGCCAGGCAGUUGAUGUUUUGAAGCGGACGCCGUGGCUGGAUCUGAUCGGCCAACUUUGAAAGGCGCGUGUCUGGUACAGAGCCUGCAGGUCAGGCUGGCAAGAACUUGGCUUGUAUAUAUGUAAAGGCCUUUGAAGGACUGAAAAUAAUAUAGCAAGAGUCGUCCAGAUCAUGACGAGUAUAGUGCAGGGCCGUCGAAGCUGCUGAUGCGUAUAUAUUAGUUGUAUCACAACUAAGUUUAUUCCGUCUUUAAACAGACUGUCUUUUUUAAACUAAGGCGUACCAAGUGAGAACUUUAGUGCAGCCAAUCGUCAGCUGCAGCGUGAGCAGAUGAUCUCAAAUCGAUCGCUCGAUAACAUGACCUUAUUUGUGUCCGUUGCAAUCAUAUCGCGUGCACCGACGAUCCAAAAGCGUGCAAGCUCGUUGAUGCAGCAGUACCAAG